CUACGCACAAACAUCACUCCACUCUCUCGCAGCCAUUAUCAUAUUACAAAAGCAGAAUCAAACCUUUCUCGUGAUCAUCGUUCGCUAGCAGAAAAAAAAAAAUGGGCAGAAAAUUCUUCGUCGGCGGCAACUGGAAAUGCAAUGGGACUAACGACGAAGUGAAGAAGAUCGUGUCCAUGCUUAAUGCGGCUGAAGUACCAUCGCAAGAUGUUGUCGAGGUUGUUGUCAGCCCUCCAUACGUGUUUCUACCUGUGGUAAAAAGUUCUCUGCGGCCCGAUUUCCAUGUUGCAGCUCAAAAUUGUUGGGUUAAGAAGGGUGGUGCUUACACCGGUGAGGUUAGUGCUGAGAUGCUUGUCAACCUGGACAUUCCCUGGGUUAUUCUUGGUCACUCCGAAAGAAGGGCUCUGUUGAAUGAAUCGAAUGAGUUUGUUGGAGAUAAAGUUGCUUAUGCACUUGCCCAAGGUUUGAAGGUAAUUGCUUGUAUUGGAGAGACUCUUGAACAGAGGGAAUCUGGAUCAACUGUGGCAGUCGUUGCUGCACAAACCAAGGCCAUCGCAGAAAAGGUUUCUGAUUGGACAAAUGUUGUCUUGGCUUACGAACCUGUCUGGGCUAUUGGAACUGGGAAGGUCGCCAGUCCUGCUCAGGCUCAAGAAGUACACCUUGAAUUGAGGAAAUGGCUUGAGACAAAUGUAAGCUCUGAAGUUGCUGCUUCAACCAGGAUUAUCUACGGAGGAUCUGUGAAUGGUGGCAACUGCAAGGAAUUGGGUGGGCAACCUGAUGUUGACGGUUUCCUAGUUGGCGGUGCUUCUCUUAAGCCCGAAUUCAUUGACAUCAUCAAGGCUGCUGAAGUAAAGAAAAGUGCUUGAUUUCCAAGCCCGGAAAGUCGAUUUUUGAAACUUUUUUGGUAGGGGAAGAUGUAAUAACCUCGAUUUUGUUGGGGACUUUAUUGUGCAAUUUUUACCUUUUGCUGCAACGUUAUAUCUCCAAUAAAUCUUGGAACCUUUGUGUUAUUAAGGAGAUCUUUACUUGUAUCUUUCAUAACUUAACGGUACAUUUCCCGGUAAAGUUUGAACAUUCCGGAAUGUCUGUCCCUUGUCGUAAGUAUAUGUACGCCUGCAGUUCUUGUUCGAUUUGUUGUUUUAUUACAAUUUUAUAUCUUAUUUU